UUUGGUGAAGCGACAGGCCGAUAACAACAUCGACAUCAUGUCCCCUGCCACCCCGCGGUUCGACGUGUCGGACGCCGCUAUUCCUCCCAUCGAACGCUCGGGCGUCUCUGACGACUGCGCCGCCGUGAAGACCGUGUUCCUGACCGACCCGCAUCACGCGUGGGGAGGCACCCGGCACGUCCUGCACGUCAACUUCACGGGACAGAUGUUCAACUAUCACACCAUCGUCUACGAUAUGAACCACAAGCCGUGGGCAAACGACUUCGAUCCCGCCGAGAAUCAGGUGUACUGGACCAACAUCUUCCAAAACCCUGUAGCAGGCAGCGUGGAGGCGGAACACAGGAACGGGUCCGGAACCAUAGAGCUCAUCACUAACGCUGGGCUGCAAGAGCCUUACGGCAUCGCCAUCGACCACGUCAGCAGCCAGCUCUUCGUGACCGACGCUAGCGGGAACAAGAUCGAGUCGUCUGACUUGUUCGGCGGGAGCCGCACUACCGUCGUCCCGGGGACCGCUCAGUCCCGCCCGUGCGCCAUCGCAACCGACUCGCUGCGCGGGUUCAUCUUCUGGACGGACUGCGGCUCGAGCCCGCGGGUAGUCCGUGCGAACCGGGACGGGAGCGGCCUGGCUGUCAUCGCGAGCACCAACCUCGUCAAGCCCUACGCUAUCGCCGUGGACUCCGCAGAGGCUAAGGUGUACUGGGGCGAUGGGUCCCGCGGUGUCAUCGAGAGGGCGGAUAUGGACGGCAGCAACAGGGAGUCAUUCCUGACCAUCCAGGGAGGCAGCGCCAAUAUGUACGGUCUAGACGUGGAUGAGUCUCACGUGUAUUUCACUGACUGGGCCACCCCCAGCUGCCUGCACGUGGUGAGUAAGGCCGCCCCGGCCGCCGACUACACCGUGGUGGGAGGAGUGCCCCUGCUGCAGUACCUCACCGACGUCAGGGUCUACGGUCACUGCCCCGCCGACUACUCCGGGUGCGACCCCAACCCGUGCCUGAACGGAGGCGCCUGCCAGCCGACUAACGGUGGGUACACCUGCGACUGUGCCGGCACAGGGUGCACAGGAAGGAUGUGCGAGUCACUGGAUGUGCCCACUACUACGCCGCCGUACGGAAACUGUGAGGAUGGCUGGCAUCAACUCGGAUCAACUGUUUUCAAGGUUUUCGAGACCCUCAGUACGCACGACGCUGCCCAGAGUACGUGCGAAGAUGCGGGGAUGUACGGGCGACUCGCCAUCGACAAGAACCCGGCCACACACGACUUCCUGUCCCGUCUGGUCUCGGCCCGGGACAGGUGCGACAUCAUCGGACUGGACGACAUCAGAGAGGAGGGGGUGUGGAGGCACGGUGACGGAACCCUGGCCAGCCCCCCGUUCGAUCCGUGGAAACCCGGGACGUGGAACAGCAACAAGAAGGACUGCGUGGGCAUCGACAACGGAGAAUGGGUUCCCGUGGAUUGUAACGAAGAGAACUACUUCAUCUGCGAACUACGCAUUAUUGGAUCGGUCUGAAUGACCGCCAAACGGAGGGAAACUUUGUCUACAGCGACGGGGAAGAGCUCGGACGGGAUAGCGGAACUUUCAGGCCGUUCUUCAAUGGCCAUGGGUGGAACAACCAAGGAAAUGACUGUGUGUACAUGAACCGCGGAAGGGGUCACUCGUGGGUUGUCUGGCAAUGCUCCAGGCGGAUGAGGUACAUCUGUCAAAUAAGUAAGUACUGCACCAGGUUUUUUUAUAAACCCCUCUCACACCCUUUCCAAUCCAGCAGGAUGUGUGGUCAUGGUGGCCGAAAGGUUAGCGUGUUUGGCCCACACCCCAGAGGUCCUGUGUUCGAACCCUCUAAUAUUCCCCGUUGGCUCUUAGUAAAGGGACUACUUAACAUGACUUUCUUCACUUCGCUCAGGGAAAUUGAGUACCUUACUGUGGCUAGAGACGUCUGUCGGAUAAGACGUUAAACAUUUUUUCAGCUUCCUACAGUAAUUGGUAAUUGGAUCAAACCUAAAGGGAACGGAUCGUCUGUAGGAUUUCCAAGGGCACGGUCACCUUGAAAUCAUCUGCUCAGUCGCUCAUAAAGAUCCAACAAACAAAUUGAGAUAUAUUAGUCUCAAGAAAAUAAUGCCUAUACCUUUGUGUCAAAUUUCAACUCAUUCGAUGAAAAAAGAGAUUGUCAUAAAAUCACUUGCAUUACUUUUUGACUCGUAGUAAUGUAGCCUUUAGAUGAAACGUAACCACGGACUAAAAUAUUUCUUCUUUUUUUUUCAAAGCUUUAUUUCAAUAUGUACAACAAGAGGUACAUACAUCAAAGCAUAAAAACAACCAACAUGCGGAUAUAAGAAAGGUUACACAAUU